AGGUAGUGAUAUCAGUUAUUAUAUAUUAUAUAAAUCUUCAAUCAUCAUAUCUUCAUUGAAGAGAAAAUAAUGGGUGAGACAGACAGUAGUAGCAAAAGCAACAGGUGGUCUUUGCAAGGAAUGACAGCACUGGUCACCGGUGGAUCCAAAGGAAUCGGAUAUGCUAUUGUAAAGGAGUUGGCAGAGCUUGGGGCCACUGUACACACUUGUUCUCGGAACCAAACUGAACUCAAUGAAUCCUUGAACGAAUGGACCACAAAAGGAUACAGAGUAACCGGUUCGGUCUGUGACAUCACCUCUCGUGUUAACAGAGAAGAGCUGAUAGCUACUGUCUCCUCUCAGUUCAAUGGAAAACUCAAUAUCCUUGUCAGUAAUUCAUUCAAUUCAAUAGCAUGGAGUUAAAGUUAUU